AUGAACUUUACACGAGGAUUCAUGAGACCCAUCCUCUUGCACAGCAGGAAUACCAAGACUCUUUGCUCGGCGACUGUAGGAGCUUCAUCUUGCUUCAAAGCUUCUCGUUCUCAUCUUUUGUUUUUCUCGCCUCUCUCCGCUCCUCGAUUCUCAACAAUGCCAUUCAACGAAGGCCCCAACAUGCUCCAGACUAUUCCGAAAGUCAUAGUCAUCGGAGGCUCUUACUCUGGACUUGCAGCAAGCGUCAAUCUUGUAGACCUGUGCGAUGGAAAAGAGCCCCGUUUUACGUCUACACCUACAGGUGCCACAUCUCCCAAGACGAAAGUGCCUGUGGAUAUCACCAUCGUUGAUGAGCGUGAUGGCUAUNNUGUAAGUGUAACGACAUAUCAAGUUAUUACAAUACUGAUUAACGCCCUAGACCAUCUGAUUGGAAAUCCGUUAGCUUUUGCGUUUGAUGAAGCCGCUUCUAAGAGUUGGACAAGAUUUCAGGACAUUCCUGCACUGAAGUUGCCCAACGUACGAUUUCUGCAGGGCAGUGUCGCGAGUAUUGACUGUGAGAACAAGGUUGCGUCGGUAGUGGAUACUGUCACCAAACAACUUCGUAAGCAGCAAUAUGACUAUCUGCAGGUUGCCUCAGGCCUUCGACGAACUUCACCUGUGGUGCCGCAAGCAUUAAAUAGAGACCAAUUUCUUGCCGAGGCCAAGGCACAUACCAAAGCUGUCAGAGAUGCCAGAGAAGGUGUGGUGGUGAUAGGCGGAGGGGCUGUCGGGAUCGAGAUGGCUAGCGAGAUCAAGAUGAUUGAACCCUGGCAAAAGGUUACUCUCGUUCACUCGCGGGAUAGACUCCUAUCUGCAGAGCCUCUGCCAGAUGACUUCAAGGAACGUAGCCUCGAGCUGCUCAAGGAGACAGGUGUUCAGGUCAUCAUGGAAACGAGAGUGACGGACACUACCGCUGUAAAGACUGACGAUGAAGCUGCUUCGUGGAGACUCACUUUGUCCAACGGUCAGAAGAUCGUAGCUGGGCAUGUCAUUGCAGCCAUUUCAAGAAGCACACCAACAUCAGGCUAUCUCCCACCCGCCGCCCUGGACAACGAUGGCUACGUCAAGAUUGAUGCUUCCUUACGCUUUGAGAGCGACGUACCAAACGCAGACAGCCAUUUCGCGGCAGGAGAUAUCGUGUCUUGGUCCGGCAUCAAACGUUGUGGAGGUGCCAUGUAUAUGGGUCAUUACUGUGCUAUGAACAUCCAUCAAGAUAUGCUCAAGCACCGUUGUGGGCAGAUACCCUCUUACAAAGAACUGUCCGAGUUUCCAAAUGUCAUGGGCCUAGCAGUGGGAAAGAAGGCAGUUGUGUAUGACUCGACGAAAGGAACUGCUUCUGGAGAAGACUUGAUGGACACUUACUUUGGCAGCGACCUGGCGAAUUCGAUCUGUUGGAAUUACAUGAAGCUUGGACAAGCUGUCGUUGUGUAG